CUGUCGCACCCGCAUCCUCGUUUCCCUCCCGCGCGCAGACACCACAACACGCUCCUUAGAAGUAAUGUCACUCUAGUUGGUCAACCAACUCGUCGGGCAACUUUCCUCCAAAAACCAAAAAGUGAAGGCGCAGCAUAGAAUUUGGGUUCUUUUGGUUCUAUAGAAAAGAGAGAAAGCAAGCAAGACAAAAAAAGGCUCACGCAUUCUGGCUUGGUCGCAUCGGCGCUGUGUUCGCUUGUUGGGAGGGAGCAGAGGCAGAGGAAGCCAUGGCCGACGUGAUGAACCUGGAUGGGGAUGUAUCCUACACCCUUGAGAACGCGCAGCAGUUUUGGGACGAACUUGACGACAUCGUCGCCGCACCCUGCGAGAACCAAAAUGCCAUUGACAAUGCGCUGAAGGCGUACCUGGGCUUCACCGCGUGGUUCGCCCUACAGUACCUCGUUACCGAUCUCGACUGGGCUAGGUGCGCCUACAAGCUCCUCGGUAGCCCGCUGUUCAGACGGCACAAGGGGUAUGUCCGCCGUAGGAUGUACGGGCGCCUGCGGAAGGAACAGUCUACACCACGGCUACAGCUGGUCGCGACGGUGCUGCUGUGCGACGGCCGUGAGACGCAGAAGGUCUUUGAGCAUAUGCAGGAAGAAGGACUGUUCGUCCGCCUGGUGGGACUGGUCAGGGAGAGGAAGGAGCAGGAUCCUAUCAUGUGGAGGGUCUGCUUGGAUCUGAUGUAUGAGAUGAGUCGAAUACAACGGCUCAGAGCGGAAGACUUCGACGCUAUCGACGACGAAUUCGUCAAAUACCUCUUCCAACUGGUCGAAGAAGAUCCGGAGGAUAUCGAUAACGACCCGUAUCAUUACCCUAUAAUCCGCAUGCUGCUGGUGCUGAACGAACAAUAUAUGCUUUCAGCGCAUGCCACGCCGACUCCUACGAAAGGUUCCGAGAACGGCCCAACGAACAAGGUGGUCAAAAUCCUAUGCUACUACGGACCCGACUACAGAACCUUUGGCGAGAACAUAGUACUUUUAAUCAAUCGCGAGAGCGAAACCUGUCUGCAGCUGUUGAUCCUCAAGCUGCUAUACCUUCUCUUUACCACCACCGCAACUUAUGAAUAUUUCUACAGCAACGACCUUCGAGUGCUGGUUGACGUUAUAAUACGAAACCUCCUUGACCUUCCGGACGAAGCGGAAUCACUCCGUCACACCUAUCUCCGCGUCCUAUACCCCCUCUUAAACCACACCCAGCUUCGGCGCGCACCCUACUAUAAGCGUGAGGAAAUCCUCAUGCUACUCGAAGAUCUCAGCGCCGCUCGUAGCGCCCACUUCGCACCAGCCGACAGCACGACGGUACGGCUCGUGAGCCGGUGCAUGACGGUAUCGUGGUUGCGGCCGCGCGACGAUGGAUCCAAGCCGGAGAACCCCGCGCAUAGAGUGUUGGGCAUGAGUCUGGGAUACAGGGGUGAGAGUUCUGUGAGCGUUGUUGAAGUGGCGGCGCAGUCUGAGAAGCCAGGCAUCAUGUUACCAAGCCGAACGAGAGACAAUGCGACCAACAACUCGAACGCGAAUGGAAAUGGUGGGGGGUGGGAGAUUGCUGGUGAAGCAUAGGAGACGCAACAAGAGGUACCCACCGGCUUCUACUACUGUACCCCCCUACCGCUUAACCGUUUGCUCUAUUGGCCAUUGCUUCUGUUCUUUGCUUUGCGUAUUUGACUGUAAUUAUUGGCAUGGAACGACCGGCCUACAUCUUUUUCUCUCGCCGUUUCGGUUUCAUUCGGGCUUGAUUUCUCUUGUGUUUCUGUUUUUUGCUGCGAGGAGUCUGUCUUCUUCUUCUUUCUUGCUUCCGUUUUGUUUUUGAUUAUAUGAUUAUAUGGAAUGUUGGUUUUUUCUUCUUUUCUUUCUCGGUCUUACCCGAGUGCUGCUUUGUGACUGUGCAGUGAUAAUUCCAUUGCCAGCACAAAAUGUUCUAUAGCAUUUCGUGGAGUCUCGCUUUGCUUGCUUGCCUAUUUUCUCGCACAUUUACGAAUAAAAGCUGUCAAUGAGGA